AUGUCGCUUGACGACCUGACAGUGCACGCCAAGACCCGUGGCAUGCUUGCUGAAGCUGACACGGCUCUAUUCACCAUAAAGAAGAUUAUGCUCCCCAUGAACCCGUCCUCACGGCCGGGCUACCAACUCCUAGACCGCUUUAGGGAUAGGGUCCACUUUGACAACUGGUCCUUGGACCUUGGUAACCCCGAGUCUGAGCCCAAGCGCCGCACUCACCUCAACAACCUAAUGAUUCAACUUCAGAUGGGUUGGGAGGGUCAGUAUUAUGCAGGGACAGAUUCCAGUCUGCCCCUGACUGGACGGCACCAGGCUAUCGCCUCUGUCGUCCUUUUCCGCGGCCAUGACAAGGUCAGUCGAUCUCGGUGGGCUGCCGGCCGCGUUCUUGCCCCUGAUGCGGAACUUAUGGCCAUUUGUUACGCAGUCGUCUUGGCAUUGUCCAACGAGGAUUGCAAGCAAUUCUAUGUCUUCACUAACUCAAUGGCAUUGGCCAGGUGGGCGGUGGAUCCUUCCAUUCACUCCGGGCAGGGGCAUUCCGUCACUAUCUGCCAGACACUUGAAAGGUGGUUUGAGGAUAAACCACUCUCGCAAAUCACGUUUGUGUACAUCUCCUCCCGUUGGAAGUGGGGUGUACACAAUGUGGCACACGUUUAUGCCACCGAGUUGCAAGUUCCUUUGGACCGCAACCUGAUGACAUCAUAUGAUAGCCUCCGUUGGGAGGCUGUCAUUUGUCGCUCGGACCUCUGGAAUAACCUCUUCUAG